GCAGGAGCCAGAGCUGAGCCUCAGACUGGUGACCCUGAUUCCAAUCCCCACCCCCCUUCUAGGGAACCCCAGCACUGCCUGCCUUCACAAUAGCACUAUCUUCAUAAGGGGUGGGGGCACUGGGGCUCUUGGGACCUCGGGAGCCCUCCAAGGCCUGGAGGCCCUGUCAGCCUGCUGUGCUGGGUGGGGAAUGGUUGCCAGGCAACCAGCUGAGGCUCCUCCCUGAGGCUCCUCCCCAGGGCUGCAGGCCAGAGGCCUCCUCCUGUUGCAUGGCAACCAGACAGCAGCGUCCCCUGGAGUCCCAAAAGCACAGCUGUGUCUGCCCUGCAGCUUCUUCUGGGUCUGUGGGACCCCUGGGGCUCAGCCCUUAUUUCUUAAGAAUAGGACAGCUGCACCUGCUCACAAUGAACAUUGUUCUCGACAGAGACAGCCAGGCAAGGGUGAUGGAGAACACGGUGGCCAAUGCCGAGAAGUACUUCGGCCAGUUCUGCUCCAUGCUGGCCUCCUACACCCGCAAGACAGCGAGGCUGCGGGACCGGGCAGACCAGCUGGUCAGGCAGCUGCUGGACUUUGCCAACACUGAAAACCCCGAGAUGCGGGCCACCAUGAAGAACUUUGCAGAGGACCUGGCCAAGGUGCAGGACUACCGGCAGGCCCAGGUGGAGAGGCUAGAGAUGAAGGUCAUCACCCCCCUGAAACUCUAUGGAGCGCACAUCAAGCAGACACGGGCAGAGAUCAAGAAAUUCAAACAUGCCCAGAAUCAUGAGAUCAAACAACUGGAGAAGCUGGAGAAACUGAGGCAAAAAUCACCCUCUGACAGGCAAAUGAUUUCCCAGGCGGAGACCAGUGUGCAGAGGGCCUCCGUGGACGCCAGCCGCACCACUCGCCAGCUGGAGGAGACCGUGGAUGCCUUCCAGAAGCAGAAGCUGAAGGACCUGCAGAGAAUCUUCUCAGACUUCGUCACCAUUGAGCUGGUGUUCCAUGCCAAAGCAGUGGAGGUGUAUUCCAGUGCCUUCCAGACGCUGGAGAGCUAUGACCUGGACAGAGACCUGGAGGAUUUUAGAGCCAAGACUCGGGGCCUUUAUGGACAUCACACCACUGCCCAUCCACCCUUGGAGACCGCUCCACCCACAGCCGGCUUGGCCUCAGCUGCCCCCUGGUUUUUUGUCAGCCAGAGUGCCCAGGGAACUGUGCAGAGCCAGAAGAAAGAAGAGGUGACGAGUGAGGACAGCUCUGCUGAAGAGGACCCAGUGGAGGAGAUAAGGAGGCCGGGACCCAAACAGAGCCAGAGGAAAGACUCAGCAAGUGACGACAGCUCCACUGUGGAGGACCCCAUGGAGGAGCUAAGGGGACAGGGGCGGGGAGCCCGUCACUAGAUUCAGAGCCUGCAGUCAGAGAAGCAGGGCUGAUACAGGAGUGGGGUAUCUCCAACCAGUGGCCCAGCUCUCAGCCUCAGUUUCUUCACCCAGAAGUCAGGGAUGCCUCUCAACCCGUGGGCACACUGGGGUCAGGUGCCUGGCGUGUAACGGGUGCUCAAUAAAGACACAACCUCUUGGCCCAAA